GGUUGGUCUAGGAAAAACGUUAGCAGCAAAUUACAAAUCCAAGUUGCUCCGGUUGAGUUGUCCAGUAAUCAGAUUCGUAUCAUUAGAGCCGCUAACGGAAACUCUGCCAUCGAUUCAGCCCCCCAACGAAACGAUCCACAAUUUCAUCAUUGGAUUCGACCAAUUUUACGAAUCCAAAACUGAAAAUCUGGGAAUCCUACAGUUCAGUCUCGAUUUCUUGUGUUUCUUCAACCCCAAUUGAUUCACCGGCGACGAACGUGACGUCGAUCUGCGAUAAGAUCUGCUGAAAAUGAGAUGGAGAAGCCUCUGCCAUUGAAGCCACUGUCCCCCCAAGAAUGGGAGGUUCUGAUCGACGACGUCCACUACGGCGGCGGCCGUCGGGCGCGCUGGACGUCCUCCAGCUACGCCGGCCUCCCGCUCGUCGAGCUCGCUCUGAUCACAAUCCUCCGAAGGGACUUCCCUCAAAACCCUAAGCUUCACAUCAUGGUUUUCCUCGAAUUCUGCUUGUUCGACUUCGAGGCUUCCCCAUCGGAGUUCGAUGAGGUUCUCGCUCGGCUCCUCGAAACCCUAAAAACCCUAAUUCAAUCCCCAAUGGAUGGGGUUUCCAUCACCGCCUCUCUUAAAGAGCAAAUGAUGGUCUCCACAUCGUCCAUUCUCAUUUCCCUGAAAAUUGAUCCCGAAUUGUCCAAGUUUAGUUACAUAGCGCAGCUUCAGGGCUUAACCGAGUUGCUGUUGACGGUUGUGAACCGGCCCAACCACGGGCCGGACCGGCAAACUCGAGCAGUGGCGUGCGAGUGCCUGCGGGAGCUUGAGAGGGCUUUCCCUUGCUUACUUUCUGAAAUCGCCGGUCUCUUGUGGGGUUUGUGCCAUAGCGAGCGGACUCACGCUGCCCAGAGCUAUGUUUUAUUGCUGGCAGGUGUGAUUCAUAGCAUUGUGAUGUGGAAACUCAAUAUAUCGAUCGUUAAUUCGUCGGCCCCUUUGGUUCCAUUCAAUGUGCCGCAGUUCUUGAUGAAUGCUAGUGGUUUGAAUAACAAGGGGAUUUCGGAUUCUGGGUAUAGAGAGCUUAGGAGGGCCAUGUCUUUCUUGCUGGAGUGUCCUCAGUUGUUGACUUCAUGCGGGAUGGUGGAGUUCAUGUCAAUGGUUCUGCCGGUGUCGGUGGUACUGGAGUUGCAGGGGUCGCUUUUGAAGGUGCAGUUCUCUGGUCUGCUUUAUACCUACGACCCUUUGCUGUGCCAUGCUUUUCUAAUGAUGUAUAUGCGUUUUUUUGAUGCAUUCAGCGGGCAAGAGGGUGAAAUUGCCCGUCGCCUUGUGUUUAUCUCAAGAGAAGCGCAUCAUUAUUUGGUUUUCCGGAUGUUAGCCCUUCACUGGUUACUGGGUUUUGUUGGGUUGUUAUCAAAUGGAGAUGUGGGGAAAAAGAAGGCUUUUCUUGGUUUGACUCCCAGCUUUUACCCCUUGAUAUUUGAUCCUCUUGCUCUGAAAGCUUUGAAGCUUGACUUGCUUGCUUAUUGCUCAAAUUUGCUUAGUAGUUCUAUAGAUGCAAGUCCGGAAGGUGUUCCUAGUCAGGGUGCAGGCUCAGGAUUAUCAAUGGAGAAGCUAUUUCAAAAUGGUCUUGUUUCUGUAUCAGCAUUCAAAUGGUUACCACCUUGGAGCACUGAAACUGCAGUAGCGUUUCGAGCCUUUCACAAGUUUUUGAUAGGUGCGUCAUCUCAUUCUGAUAUUGAUCCUUCUUCAACAAGAGUCCUAAUGAAGUCAACCAUCUUCCGCACUUUACAGAGAAUGCUUGUGGAGCUGACAUUGGAGUUCAAGGGGCUGGUUCCAGUUGUUAUUGCUUUCAUGGAUCGCUUGUUUGCCUGUCAUAAGCAUUGCUGGUUGGGAGAGCACUUGCUUCAGGCCCUUGAUGAGCAUUUACUUCCAAAGAUCAAGAUAGAUUACAAGUUGUCAUCUUACUUUCCGAUUUUUGAUAGAAUUGCCAAGAAUGAUGCAAUUCCAACUACUAAACUGCUAGAGCUGCUCAUCCGCUUCAUGAUUUUCCUUGUUGAAAAGCAUGGCCCAAACACGGGAUUGAAAUCUUGGUCUCAGGGAAGCAAAGUUCUUGGAAUAUGUCAGACAAUGCUGAUGCACCACCAUAGCUCUAGAUUGUUCCUGGGACUAUCUCGUCUUCUUGCUUUCACUUGCCUUUACUUUCCUGAUCUGGAAGUUCGUGACGAUGCAAGGAUCUACUUGCGGAUGUUGGUUGCAAUUCCAGGAAAGAAGCUCAGGCACAUACUGAACAGCACAGACCAGCUCCCCGGGAUUGCGCCAUCUCACCAGUCCAGCUCAUACUUCAAUGUUCAGUCUCCUCAAACCUUGCAUGACCUUAAAAAGUCUCAGACAAUUUCUUCCUACAUCCACCUUGAGCGGGUGAUACCAUUGCUUGUCAAGCAGUCAUGGUCAUUGUCUUUAUCAAUCUUAGGUAUUCCUGCUCACAAACCUGCUUAUCCAGAGGGUAUCAAGGACAGUGAGCCCUCUGUUGGGCAAAGGGAGGUUGAUGGAGGCUGUAAUGACCAAACUCUCCCAGAAGUGGAAAGAAUUUAUCGUCCACUGGAGCCAUUACGUGUGAUUGAUUCAAAAAUAUCAGAGAUUAUUGAAAUGUUGAGAAGGCAUUUUUCCAAUGUUCCUGAUUAUAGACACAUGCCAGGCCUCAAAAUUAGGAUUCCCUGUAGUUUGAGAUUUAAAUCUGAGCCAUUCAAUCGUGUAUGGACAGUUGAUUUGCCUACAGAAGGUUUGGAUGGAAUAGAUGUACUCCCUGCCAUAUAUGCAGCUGUGCUUGCAUUUUCUUCUUCGGCACCAUAUGGGUCUAUUCCUUCAAAUCACAUACCUUUCCUUCUCGGUGAACCUCCUGAAAAAGAUUGUUCUUUAGCCCCAAGUGAUUCGUUAGACAUGGUUCCUAUAGAAGAUGAUUGUAGAGAAGACGAAAGUUUCAAGGCUCCUGUGACAAUUGAAUUGGAACCGCGAGAACCUGUGCCUGGUCUAGUUAAUGUUUCCUUUGAAGCAAAUACAGAAAAUGGCCAAGUAAUCAAUGGCCAGCUUCAGAGUGUUGCUGUUAGCAUUGAAGACAUGUUUCUUAGGGCUAUUCUCCCGUCUGAUAUAUCCGAAGAUGCGAGACCUGGUUAUUAUCUAGACUUGUUCAAUGCUCUAUGGGAAGCAUGCGGUUCUUCUACCAACACUGGGCAUGAAGCCUUUCCCUUGAAAGGAGGCAAAGGAGUUGCCGCAGUUAGUGGGACUCGAUCAGUCAAGCUUCUUGAGGUUCCUGUAACCUCUUUGAUUCUUGCUGUUGAGCAGUACUUGGCGCCUUUUGUUGUUGGUGUUUUUGGUGAACCCCUCGUCAACAUUGUGAAGAGUAGGGGAAUCAUCUGGGAUGUCAUCUGGAAGGAUGCAUCUUCAGAUUCAGACCUUAAUGAUGCUAUCUCGAAUACUAAUCUUGAUAAGGGCCCUCUUUAUCUCAAGUACAAAGAGGACGAAGGUGAAAGGAAGAGUCAAGUACAUAUCAGCAGGAAAAACAUGGGUCAAUUCCUCAUCUUGAUAUUCCUUCCACCAAUGUAUCAUCUCCUGUUGCAAAUGGAAGUAUCUGAUGUUUCCACGUUAGCUCGAAUUAGAACCGAUCACUGGCCAUCCCUAGCUUAUAUAGAUGACUAUUUGGAAGCUUUGUUUUUCGGGUAGGUGCAUUCGCCAAAUUAUUGACUUGCUCCCUUGUUUCUUCUGUUACUGCUGGUAUAGCAUUGGUACCUCUCUCUUAAACUCAUUUCUCUGAUGGUUUCCUGCAUCUGAAUUACAUUUUGACCCUUGAUAACCUAAACCUAGUGUAUAUACAUGGAAUGGCGAGCAUUCUGUCAUUUGUAAAUGCUAGAAAUGUAUUCUUUUUCCAGGGGAUUUUGAAUCUGCUCUGGCAAUUAAGUUGUAAGCAUCCGAAUUUGAAAUGCCUAGCUAGUGAGAUUAAGAUUUGUGAUUGUCAUUAUCUGA